AUCAAUUCGAGAUCUGGAAUGUGCAGAUGUGCGAGGUGUCGUUCGCGUCUGCCACCUUCAUCUCGUUUCUUUACCGCAUUUACCGGCGCCGGGCGUAGCGAGCUUCUACAUAGACAAUUGGCAGUCUGUGAUUUCGAACUGCCCACUAUCGCCCCGCCCGGGUUGCUGCCUUUAUUCCCGUCAAGUCGGUAACCUUCGUCGCAUACGAGACUGAAGCGAACCACGCGCGGUGUUCCCGCCAUCAUCCCAAGAUGGCGUCGUCGUUAGCUGCUCAGCUGGCACAGAUCGCGGCCAACUCGAGGACCAGCUACAACGCCAAGGCCCUCAAGGCCACCCACUCCAAGUCCCUGAUAUGGGAGCCCCGAGUUGCCGCCGGCCAGACCUUCGCCGAGAUCUUCCAAGCGUGCCAUGAGGGAUUCGAAGAACUUUGCAACCUCGAUGCCCGAUUUGCGCACUAUGGUACCACAUUGUUCAGCGAGCAGAGUCAGGAAGCCGACAGGACUCAGAUGAACGCCGAGGAGAAUGCCGCCUUGGACAGGCGCGUUGACUCGUUCCUCCACCUAGUCGGGAGCCGCUUGCGACUUAUGCCUGCCAUUAAGGCUAUCGAGUGGUUGAUUCGGCGAUUCAGGAUACACGAAUUUAACACGGCUGCUCUCAUCACCACCUUCCUGCCAUACCAUACCAUCCCGGCCUUUGUUACGCUUCUGUCCAUUCUACCGGCCAAGAUACCCCUGGAAUAUCGGUUCCUGGACCCUUAUAUUCGAUCCUUGACAAGCCCCCCCAGAGCGGCAAUAGUUCAGCAGGCAACAAACCGGCCUGAGUUUCUCUCCAUUAUCUCCCAAUACACGCUCGAGUCAUGCUGGGCGAAACAAGAGUAUCCGGGCCUGGUGUCAUUCUGGGGCGGUGUCAUGGCUGAGGCUGUCAAUGGCAUGCUAGACAAGAUGCGGUCUGGCAGGAGGAGUAUUCAACUGGAAAACGACCACAUCCUCCUCCAGCAAAUUGGACCGGUAUUGAGCGAGGCUAUGGUCAUGAAGGAUGUGCCUGGGUUCCAGAUUGCAAGCUAUAUGAUUACUGCUAUCUUGGCGGCGAAAGGCAGUCUGAACGACGCAGCCCUCGCGGCUUUCAUGGAUCAGCUGGUCCUCGGUUGGACGGUUGAUACCUAUCGGCCGGGUCUUGUCUGCCUCUGCAUCCUUGCGCAGCACCGAUCAGCGAAGCAGGUCUCCAGCCGCGUUGCAAAGGCCCUUAUCAAGUCGCAAGAUUUGGUGCCAACUCUGGUGGAAAUCAGCCGGCAACAUAGGGUUGACAAACUCGCAAACGGGCUGGCGCUUGCCUUCAUCGACAGACUGUCUAAGAAGGGCGACGUCCGAAGCCUCCCUGCUGUUAACUCGCUUCUUUUGGCCAACUUGCUGCAAGAGAAGCAGAUGAAGGUCAUCUAUAAAGCUCUGCUACUGGCCGCUCACAGAGUCACUGAUGACGUAGACGGAGACGGUCACAUCCGGAAGGAAAUUGGCUCAUCCCUGGUUUCCUUAUCGCAGGCCGGCGGUGACGCGGGCAAUGCCAUCAGAUCCGCAAUCGAGGAAGUCGACUUCAACAUUGAAGAGCUUGAGCUCAAGCUUGGGGCCGCGAUCCGCCCUAAACUCGCAAUUGAGCAAAGCCCCGGGGAUGCAGAGGAAACGACGGAGUCAGAGACGACAGGCAAGCAGCCAAGCCUGGAUUCGACCUUUGAAGACUUGGCCAAACUUCCGGUCUCGUCGGCUUCGUGUCUGUCGCGAGAAUCGGGAAACCUGUUCAACGAUCUCUGUGCAAUCUUUCUCUUUGCCGCUGCUGCCGAGAGAGAUCUGGAGAGGUUUGAUACUACUCCUGUUCUAAGCCGGGCCCUCGCUCCUAGCACUUCGUCCUAUCUCAGCUUUUACCUGCGCGUGUGGAGCGGACCGUAUCCCACUCUGGCCAAGGUGGCAGCUUUGGAGCGCGUCAAGCUUCGGCUGAAGGAGAGCGACUGCGCGGACAAGGAUUUCCAGGCCAUCAUCCCUUAUUGCGUCGUCGCCCUGAGCGAUCCCGCAAAGAAGGUCCGCCGUGCCGCGGCAGACCUUGUUGCUGUGCUGGGAUCCCUGCUCGAGGGACAGUCUCGGCAGCUUUGGGGUGCCAAGGAUCUGUACGGAAAGGUUGGCGCCCCCAACACUCUCGACCGUGACACCGUCAAGACGCUAGUGAACUUGAUUCUUGUCCCGUCCCUCGAGGAGUCUGUCCUUCACGACGGUCAUAUCCUUGCGGCCAUCGUCAGUGCCCUGGAGAGUUCGAAAGGUUCUUCCGGAAAGGAAGGUGAAAAGCGGCAUUUCUCGCACGGCACAAGGCUGUCUGUGUUGAAAUUCCUCUGUGGCCAUGUGACGGAGACGCCAUUGCUGGCUGUGAAGCUACGUUUGCUGCGGCCGAUCAAUCAGAUACGAAGCAUCUCGGGUACCUCUCGGACAGAUCUCCUCUUGCCCUUGCUCCGCUGGUGGGCGGCUCUUAGCCGCGAGGAAGCUGCCGAGCUUGCUUCACGAGAAUCACUUGAAGACGCGACCAUUGACGAAGCGUUCGUGGACAUAGUCAUUGCAAAUCAUCCGGCAGGCCUUGAGACAUUCUUCCAGCUCGUCAAUGAUCCGAAGACGGCUGUUCGGCCUAAUCUGGUGCGGGCGAUCUUUAGCCGCAUCAUCAAGAUGUGGCCAUCUAUGAAGUCGGACACCAAGUUCUCUACGGCCCGGUCCAUCUUCAAUAUCACCCAAACCCUCUCGCCAUCUGAGCAGGGCUCUGUCAUCGCGGAGGCGGUAGAGGUUCUGCGGAAAGUGGAGUUGACCACCAACAUUCUGCUCGACUUCGUUGGCUCGUUACAAGACGAGGUCAAACUGGCGACCGAGAAACCUGCGAACAAGCGGAGGCGGGUCAGCACAACGGAGCAGAGCCGUAGCAUGGCCUUGCAAAGCACCCCUGAAAUGAAGGCGGCCCUGAACAAGGCGACCUUCGUUCUGGAGCUCGUACAGGAGUCUAACCCUGGGAACCACCCCGAGUUGCUGCCGAGCCUAUUCACGACGCUGUCGGAUCUCCACCAGCUCAGCACGCUCAUCGGAUCCGAGUUGGGUUAUCUCCAGAACCUCGUGCUGAGCAGUCUUCUGGCCAUGAUGCCGGCAUAUAAAGAUAACAAGAACCUCACGAUCGACGCAUCAGUCGGUCACGGUGACAUCUUGGCGACAUGCAUUCAGAAGUCUUCUAGCCCCGCCGUCAUCAACGCAGCACUGCUUCUGGUUGCGAGCCUGGCUCGUACUGCACCGGAUGUGGUGCUGCAGAGUGUCAUGCCUAUAUUCACCUUCAUGGGCAGUUCGGUCUUGAAACAGGCUGAUGACUACUCUGCUCACGUUGUCAACCAGACCAUCAAAGAGGUCAUCCCUCCGCUGAUCGAGACUUUCCGGAAGAGAGGGCGAAACGUGGUGGCCAGCACAAAAGACCUCCUUGCAAGCUUCGUGACCGCCUACGAGCAUAUUCCCUCGCAUAGGAAGCACGACCUCUUCAUUUCCUUGGCCGAAAACCUUGGACCCGAGGACUUCCUCUUUGCUGUCCUGGCCAUGUUUGUGGACCGGUAUGCCGCGACUGAUAACAUGAUCUCCUUCACAACCCAGAUGAUGAGCUCCUUCUCGGUUGAGGUUCAGCUGCAGACCCUCAUCAAGCUCCUCGACCUGAUCAGCGACAUCUUUAAGCCGAAACCUGCACUGUCCAGCGUCCUGCUCGGCAGCGACGGCGUUGGUGAGCAUGACGCUCAAAAACUUGCUACCAAGCAGCUGAACCUCUUGCCACAUCUCCUCGCAAACAAACGAUUGAAGCGGGAGAUUACUCAGUUGGCGGAGAGGGAUGAUAUGGAAACGGGCAAGGUCCGUGACCUCUAUGCCACCCUCUUGGAGGGCAUCUUGACGCUAGCGACCACGCUCAAGACCAAGAAGGCGCUCUACAACCGCUGCGGCGAUGCGCUGUCUAACCUUCUCAACCUUCUUUCGAUCGCCGAGUUCAUCAAAAGCGUGGAGGCAUUGCUUGACCGCCCGAACGUCGGACUGCGGCAGAAGGUGCUUCGGGCGCUCGAGCUCCGGGUUGACAGCGAGAGCACUACGGAUCCUAAAUCCAGGGAAGCCUUGCUUGCUUUCCUGCCUCAGCUGACCGCCGUCAUCCGAGAAUCGGACGACAUGAAUUACAAGCACACGGCAGUGACCUGCGUCGACAGGAUAUCGGAGAAGUAUGGCAAGAAGGACCUCGACGCGGUUGCUGCGGCCGCCACAACUAUUGCGAGCGACCACUGUCUCGGCCAGUCAACUCAGAGUCUCCAGGUUAUGGCGUUGCUUUGCUUGGCUUCGCUUGUGGACGUCUUGCAGGAUGGCAUCGUACCAGUUUUGCCUGCUGCCAUCCCUAAGGCCCUGGCGUACCUAGAGCAGAGCUUGGACGGGGAGGGGGCCAAUGCUGAGCUGCACAAUGCCGCAUAUGCCUUUAUGGCGGCUUUGGCUCAGCAUAUCCCGUACAUGAUUACCGGCUCGUAUCUUGACCGACUCUUGGUUUGCUCGAACGCAUCGGCGGCAGCUCGGCUGGAUGACGAGUCCAGCAGCAACCGGACGCACUGCCUCCAGUUCCUGGCCAAGCUGGUCGACCCCAAGGUGCUGUACAAUGCCCUCAACAAGAACUGGCCUUCUGCCGCAAGCCGCGGUGCCUCUGCUGUUACGGAAUACCUCCACAUUCUUGGCCUGGCCCUCGACAAGCAUUCCAAGGCGGUGGUUUCCAAGAACGUGUCCUCCCUCUCGACCAUCUUCCUCGGCUGCAUGGACCUGAGGCGGUUGGUCUCGUCGGGCCAAGUCAAGGCCCCCAUCAGCGCAUCCGAGCUCUACGAGAUUGAAGCCAAGAUUGCCGAGGAUGCGCUAAAAAUGAUCUACAAGCUCAACGACGCCACAUUCCGGCCAGUCUUCUCCAAACUCAUGGAAUGGGCAGCAGCAGGGCUCCCCAAGAGCGACACGUCGGGCCGGACUCUCCGCUUGUUCGCCGUCUACGGGUUCCUGGAUACCUUCUUUGGCAACCUAAAGUCCAUUGUCACUAGCUACGCCUCGUACAUCGUCGAGAGCGCGGUCAAGGUCCUGUCGUCGACCGACUUCAAAGACGCCAAUGAGAAGGAGCUCUGGAAGCGUGUCCUGCGCACGCUUGCCAAGUGCUUUGAGCACGAUCAGGACAGCUUCUGGCAGGCGCCAGCGCACUUUGGUGCGGUCGCACCCGUGUUGAUUGAGCAGUUCCUGAACGCGGGCGCCAUCAACGCGACCGAGGAACUGAUACCCGCCGUUGUCGAGCUGGCCGCUGCUGCGGACUCGCAGGAGCAUCACAAGGAGCUCAACAGCGCGCUGCUGAAGCACUUGCGCAACGGCCAGGCGGCGGUCAGGCUGGCGGUGGUCAAGUGCCAGCAAGCGCUAACGAGCAGGCUGGGAGAAGAGUGGCUGCAGGCGCUGCCGGAGAUGCUGCCGUAUAUCAGCGAGCUGCAGGAUGACGACGACGAAGUGGUGGAGAGGGAGAACAGGAGAUGGAUUGUGGGGAUCGAGGAGAAGCUUGGGGAGAGCUUAGAUUCGAUGUUGCAGUGAGCCAUCUGGGGGUAAACUAGCUAGCUGUGUAUGUACAGUACGCAUUGACGAGAUGGUUGGUUGGUUGGGUAUGUAUGUAUGUAAUCCGUACACGUUCAUGCUUUGUUGCAUGUAGGUAGUGGAUUCUCCGGAUUUAGUGGGUUAAGUUAGUGGAAAGGGCGGCGGGCUAAGGGGUUGGCUUAGUCGAGAUUCCAGUCACUU